AUGUGCAGAACCGCUGCUGCUGCCGAGAAUGGAGGUGGGGUCAACGUCCAGGGACGAGAGCUCCUCCCCGCGAACGUCGUGCCUCAACACUACGAUCUGACGCUUGAGCCCGACUUCGAGAAGUUCACCUUCGAUGGCACUGUCGUCAUUGAUCUUGAUGUGGAAGAGGACUCUAAGUCCAUUUCCCUGCACACUUUGGAGCUGGACAUCCACAGCGCCAAGGUAUCCUCCGAUGGCAAGACCGUGAGCUCCUCCCCGGAGAUAACCUACGAUGAAUCCACACAGGUCUCGAAGUUCGACUUCUCCGAUGCCAUCCCGAAGGGCAGCAAGGCGCAGCUUGAGAUCAAGUUCACCGGCCAACUUAACGACAAGAUGGCUGGCUUCUACCGAUCGAGCUACAAGAACCCAGAUGGCACCAAUGGUGUCCUGGCCACCACGCAGAUGGAGCCGACUGAUGCCCGGAGAGCUUUCCCCUGCUUCGACGAGCCGUCCCUGAAAGCGAAAUUCACUGUCACACUCAUCGCCGAGAAGGACCUGACCUGCUUGAGCAACAUGGACGUCGCUUCGGAGACCGAGGUCGGCGCAAAGAAGGCUGUCAAGUUCAAUGUCUCUCCCUUGAUGUCAACCUACCUCGUCGCCUUCAUCGUCGGUAAGCUCAAUUACAUUGAGAGUACCGAUUUCCGUGUCCCAGUCCGCGUCUACGCACCACCUGGUCAGGACAUUGAACACGGUCGCUUCUCUCUUAAGCUCGCUGCCCAGACUCUUGCGUUCUACGAGAAGGUUUUCGGUAUCGAGUUCCCCCUGCCUAAGAUGGACCAAGUUGCUAUUCCUGAUUUCGCUCAAGGCGCUAUGGAGAACUGGGGCCUGGUGACUUACCGUGUCGUCGAUCUCCUUCUUGACGAGAAGGCCAGCGGUGCGGCAACCAAGGAGAGGGUUGCGGAGGUCGUCCAGCACGAGUUAGCUCACCAAUGGUUUGGCAACCUCGUCACAAUGGACUGGUGGGAUGGCUUGUGGCUGAACGAAGGUUUCGCCACCUGGGCAUCCUGGUACUCCUGCAAUGUUUUCUACCCAGAGUGGAAGGUAUGGCAGACAUAUGUGACCGAUACACUCCAAAGCGCCUUGGCUCUGGAUUCAUUGAGAAGCAGCCACCCCAUCGAGGUACCAGUAAAGAAAGCAGAUGAGAUUAAUCAGAUCUUUGACGCUAUCUCGUACUCCAAGGGUUCUUGCGUUCUCCGUAUGAUCUCAAGCUAUCUCGGUGAGGAUACCUUCCUUGAGGGUGUUCGCAGAUAUCUCAAGAAGCAUGCGUAUGGCAAUACACAAACGGGCGACCUCUGGGCUUCUCUGGCUGACGCCAGUGGUAAGAAGGUAGAGGAUGUGAUGACCACAUGGACAAAGAAUGUCGGUUAUCCUGUGGUGACUGUCACCGAGAAGGACAACGCGAUCCAUGUGAAGCAGAACCGUUUCUUGCGAACUGGAGACGUCAAGCCCGAGGAGGACAAAGUUCUAUACCCCGUCUUCCUUGGACUUCGCACCAAGGAUGGCGUUGAUGAGUCUCUGACUUUAGACAAAAGGGAGGCCGACUUCAGUCUGCCAAGCACCGAAUUCUUCAAGCUGAACGCAAACCACACAAGCCUUUAUCGUACCUCUUACUCUCCCGAGCGUCUAGAGAAGCUCGGCCUUGCAGCCAAGGAAGGACUGCUGCCAAUUGAGGAUCGCGCUGGCAUGAUCGCAGAUGCAGGUGCUCUGGCUGUCUCUGGAUACCAGAAAACCUCUGGUGUUUUGAGCCUUCUGAAAGGGUUUGACUCGGAGUCAGAAUUUGUCGUAUGGAACGAGAUCAUUGCCCGUCUGUCCGCUAUUCAGAGCGCCUUCAUCUUUGAGGACAAGGCCAUUCGUGAUGGUCUAGAAGCUUUCCAGAGAGAAAUUGUAAGCGCCAAGGCUCACGCGAUGGGUUGGACAUUCUCGGAAGAGGACGGCCAUAUUCAGCAGCAAUUCAAGGCGAUGAUGUUCGGCAGUGCCGGUCUCUCUGGUGACCAGGCCAUUAUCACCAGUGCCAAGGAGAUGUUCAACAAAUAUAUGGCUGGCGACAAGUCUGCCAUUCACCCGAAUAUCCGCGGCAGCGUCUUCGGCAUGGCCCUAAAGUAUGGCGGCAAGGAAGAGUAUGAGAAGAUUCUCAACUUCUACCGGACGUCUAACAACAGCGACGAGCGUAACACGGCAUUGCGCUGCCUGGGCCGCGCUAAGGACCCCGAGCUGAUCCAGAGGACAUUGGGCAUGCUCUUUGGAGGUGAGGUCAAGGAUCAGGAUAUCUACAUGCCUGCUGCUGGCCUACGUAGCCAUCCGGAGGGUAUUGAAGCCCUAUUCGAUUGGAUGACUGAGAACUGGGACGAGCUCUACAAGAGACUCCCGCCUGCCCUGUCUAUGCUCGGCUCUAUGGUGACGAUUUUCACCUCGAGCUUCACAAAUCCCCAGCAGCUUGCUCGAGUGGAGAAGUUCUUCGCGGACAAGGACACUAAGGGUUACGACCAGUCACUUGCCCAGAGUCUGGAUGCUAUCCGCUCCAAGAUCGCGUGGCUGGAGCGCGAUCGAGCUGAUGUUGCAUCGUGGGUCAAGGAGAAUGGCUACGGUGCGUGA